AUAAUAAUAAAAAAAAUCAAACUUCGCGCUUUGGCGUGAGUUUAUCUCGGUGUCCGUAUUUCCGUGUCGCUGUCCGUAUUUCCGUCUCCGUAAAUUCCCAAUCCUCCUUUGUUGCUAUCCAUCACCACGCUUUUACGUCGACGAUUCUCUCUUCUCUAAUCUGCAUUCCUCGUGCAACUCUAUCGACCUCUGGCUCUCACUCCUCUCUUUGUCUGCCGUAAACUCUCUGUUUCUUUUGUUUUUUUGAACUCGGAUUAGUCAUUUUUCAGUUGCAGAGUUUUUUCGAAUUGUAGGGUUUUAUUAAAUUUGAUUUUCGAUACACUCUGUAAAAUCAUGCGACCUGUUGUUUUUUUCUUUGAGUUUCUCGGCCAGAUGAUUAUAGUUGGAUUGGAAUUCGGAAGCAUACACGUACUCUUGUUAUAGUGGAACUAUGCCUCCAAAUAUUGCAAACAGCACAACUCCUGCUAGAAAUUUGAAGAAAAGCCAGCUUGGAGGUGUCAUAUUUGGCUGCAAGAAUGAUACCAUGAAGGAAUGCCUAUCUGAACAACUCUUUGGUUUACCAGCUGCACACUUUUCUUAUGUAAAAAAUAUUGAUCCUGGCUUGCCACUGUUCCUUUUCAACUACAGCGAUAGGAAGCUUCAUGGCAUCUUUGAGGCUGCUGGCUCUGGACAAAUGAAUGUUAACCCAUAUGGGUGGAUAGCUGGUGGUUCACGGAAAACACUAUUUCCUGCCCAGGUUCAAAUUUGUGUCAGACUAAAAUGCCAUCCGGUGUCUGAAGCACAGUUUAAACCAAUAAUUGCAGACAACUACUACAACCGUAGCCAUUUCUGGUUUGAACUAGACCAUGCACAAACCAGCAAGCUGAUGUCACUAUUAGCAUCUUUUGCAGUUUCUCCUAUUACUUCCAUAUACGAGAAUACAACACAGUUGAGAAUUAUGUACCAACCUGCUUCUUUGCCUCAAAAAAGAGAUGGAGGGUUUGAAACACUUGCUUCAGAGGUUCAAAAUCACUCAGGCUGGGAAAUUGAUUCAGUAGAUGUUUCUUCUUGUUUAGAUGGCAUGAACAGGCCACUAGAAAAUCAGUUGGAUACAGACAUACUGGAACAAGAUGAGGAAAACCUUGUACUCAAGCAACUGCAGGAAUUGGCUCCUAAGCAUGAGCCCAAAGAUUCAUCUUUCACCGGUUAUGUAGAAGAUUCUACUGCUAGAGAUGACAAUUGCUCAGAAGAGAAGUCUGCAGAGGGACAAAUGGGCUUAGGGUUUAGGAAUGAACUGAGUGCUUCUACCUCGUCUGAUGAUAGUCAGUGCAGUAUAGCUCGGCUGGUUCAGGAGAUAGAGGAGCUUAAGGCUUUUAAAUUGGAGCAAACUUUCAAGGUGCAAUGUUUGGAGCAGAAGCUGGUUGAUGCUGAAGAACAAAUUCAAGAGUUGAAGGAUCGUUGUAUGAUAUUAGAGUCUAUGUCUAAUCCCUCCAUGACACACACUAAUGAUACAGCAAGUGAUUCCUUUGAUGACCUGUACAAAGAUCCUAAUGUUAGGUCCAUUUAUCUGGUGGGCGGAUAUGACGGUGAUUCUUGGUUACCUUCUUUGGAUUUGUAUUUUCCUUCACAAGAUGUUUUAAAGUCUUUGAAGCCAAUGAGCACUGUUCGUUCAUAUGCUUCCAUUGCACAAUUGAAUGAUGAGAUUUACAUUUUUGGGGGUGGUAAUGGCCAGACAUGGUAUGACACAGUUGAAUCGUACAAUCCAGCUAAUGAUCAGUGGACUUUGCGGCCUUCCUUAACUGAGAAAAGGGGGAGUUUAGGUGGUGCCACUUUAAACAACAAAAUAUUUGCAGUUGGUGGAGGGAAUGGGACAGAAUGCUUUUCAAAGGUUGAAAUGCUCGAUUUAUAUGUUGGAAGGUGGAUUCCAACAAGAUCAAUGCUACAAAAGCGAUUUGCUCUUGCUGCAAUGGAACUCAAUGGUGCACUUUACGUGACGGGGGGAUUUGAUGGGAGUGAUUAUUUGAAGUCUGCUGAAAGAUUUGAUCCUAGAGAACAUUCUUGGACCAGAAUUGCAAGUAUGAACACAAGGAGGGGCUGCCAUUCAUUGGUUGUUUUGAAUGAAAAGUUGUACGUGGUGGGUGGUUUUGAUGGAACUAAAAUGGUUUCAAGCACUGAGAUAUUUGACCCACGUCUUUGCUUGUGGGUCGAUGGGGUGCCAAUGAACCAGGCUAGAGGGUACUCUGCUGCUGCGGUGGUUGAUGAAUCUAUAUAUGUAAUUGGAGGGGUCAGAUCAGAUGAACACAUUGUAGACACGGUUGAACAUUUCAAGGAGGGGGAAGGAUGGCAAGAAAGGAAUACAAGGGCCAUUAGUAAAAGAUGCUUCUUGUCAGCGAUUGUUCUCUAGUGAAGCAUGUAACCUUGAUUUUCAUGGGGGUAGGGGCGGAGGAGGUUCAUCUCACCCCAUUUUUUGGGUCUAGUCAUGGGGUGGAAUGCAAGCAAAUGUGCAGUUAAAAGCGCUGCAAUUUGAAACUGAAUCUUCAAUCUAAUCAUAUCAUCAAUAGUUUGCCUUAAGUUUGUUGCUACUGUUUAUAAGGAUAAACUUGCCAGUUGCAGCUUAAGCUC